AUGACAUGGUCAAGAGAGGAGCCUGCCCAUACUCCACAACCUACUCAAUCGCGCCGAUACACACCCACUUACGGUCCUGCAAAAGAUGACUAUCGAGGUGAUAGCGGAGGCAACAGACACAGUGGUCAUGGUGGAAACAGGAGGAUUGAGAUACCCAUCACAACAAUUAUUCAACGCCCUUUUGAGCACUACCGUUCCCACAAUAAGUCUCCUAUAGAGUUUUCCACCAGUCCUUCUGGGCCGUCAGACAGCGAUGAGGAUUUCGGAGACUUGACUGAGGCAGAGAUUGAAGUUCUACGACGUCAAAUCUCGACGGAUAAAGUCAAGGUAAACUUUCUUACACUGUUCAGGUACGCUACCAAACUUGAUAUCUUCAUUCUGUUCAUUGGAAUGGUCACAGCUGCCGCAGCUGGUGUUUGCAUGCCUCUCUUCACUGUCAUUUUCGGUCAGAUGACCAAUGAGUUCUUAGCUUUCAUUGUGCUUGGUUCAUCAGCUGACCGUUUCCAGCAUCAGAUUAACCAUUAUGCUCUGUAUUUUGUCUACAUUGCUGUGGCUACGUUUUGCUUAACGUCAAUCAAGACAUACAUUACUGUCGAAAGAGGAGAACGGUUGAGUGCUCGAAUCCGAGAGAAUUAUUUGAAGGCUAUCAUGAGACAGAACAUUGGCUACUUCGACAAACUGGGAGCUGGAGAGGUGACCAACAGAAUCACCACUGAUACAAAUCUGAUUCAGGAAGGCAUUUCCGAGAAAUUGGGACUUAUUGUGUCGGCUGUUUCCUCGUUCAUUACCUCACUGGUGAUAGGAUUCAUCAAAUCGGCUCGACUCACUGGAAUUAUGAUCUCCACUGUUGUCGCUCUUGUCCUGGCCAUGGGAAUCUGCUCCACUUUCCUUGUUAGAUACGUUAGAUGGGCAAUUGAAGACGACAGCGAGUGUUCGUCUAUUGCGGAGGAGUGUUUUGCAUCAAUUACCAACAUUGUGGCAUUUGGAAUGCAGGUGAAGAUGGACAAGCGGUACGAGAAGCCUCUCAACUCGAGUCUGAAGAAUUACCUGCUUAAGGCACGAGUUCUUGGAGCCAUGGUAGGCAUCCUUUGGUGCAUCACUUAUUGCAUGUAUGCCCUUGCACUCUGGGAGGGUUCUCGGCUUGUCAACAAGGGUGAGACCAGCAUCGGUCAUGUCAUCACUGUUCUUAUGGCUCUCAUGAUUGGUGCUUUUCAGUUAGGAGGAGUCGCUCCCAAUAUGGAAUCUCUUGGAUCUGCAGUCGGGGCGGGUAAGAAGAUCUUUGAGACCAUUGAUCGAGUUCCAGAUAUCGAUUCUCUCAGUGGAGGAGAAACUCUCUCAAAUCUUCGAGGCGCUAUCUCGUUUAAGAAUGUCCAUUUCCGGUACCCUUCUCGCCCUACGGUUCCUAUUUUGCGAGAGUUCAACCUCGAUAUUCCCUCCGGAGCUACCGUUGCAUUGGUUGGAGCUUCUGGAUCAGGUAAGUCAACCAUCGUUGCAUUAUUGGAGCGCUUCUACCAGCCUCUAGGAGGCUCCAUCACAGUUGAUGGUGUGAGCAUUCUGUCUCUUGAUGUAAAGUGGCUUCGUCAACAAAUGAGUCUUGUUUCUCAGGAGCCGACUCUGUUCAAUUGCACUAUCUUUGAAAACAUUUCUCACGGUUUGAUUGGAACCGAGUAUGAGAAUGCAGAGAGAUCUGUUAAGAUGAAACUUGUUGAAGACGCAUGUGAGCAGGCCAACUGUUCAGAGUUCAUCAAAACUCUUACUGACGGUCUUGACACACAGGUUGGUGAGAAGGGGUAUCUCUUAUCGGGUGGACAAAAACAGCGAGUAGCUAUUGCCCGAGCCAUCAUUUCUAACCCUCCUAUUCUACUGCUUGAUGAAGCUACGUCAGCUCUAGAUACUCGCAGUGAGAAGCUGGUUCAGCAGGCUCUGGACAAAGCUGCCAAAAACCGAACCACUAUUGUCAUUGCACACCGUCUGAGUACAAUCAAGAAUGCCGACAAGAUUGUGGUCAUGUCCAAGGGUGAGAUUCUUGAACAGGGCUCUCAUGACGAGUUGAUUGCUGCAAGAGGAACUUACUAUGGAUUGGUUGGAGCUCAGAGAAUCGAAGACGGAGGUCCAGAAACCGCAUCGACCACAGAAAAGGGCUACUACUGGGAAAGCGGUUCUGGAUCCGAUUUUGACGUUGGUAGUAAUGUGUCUGUCGAAAAGACGACUCCUCUCAACACCUGGGGAAUGAUCAAGCUUCUAGCUCGUUUCAACCGAAAUGAGCGACUUCCUCUUUUGCUUGGAUCGGGAUUCGCAGUCAUCUGUGGAGCCGGAUACCCUUCUCUUGCUCUUCUCUAUGGAUCUGUGAUGCAAGCAUUUAUGGUCGACCCUUUGGCUUACAAACAUAUGCUCCACGAGAUUGACAAGUUCUCUGGUUUCUUCUUCAUGGUGGGAAUGGUCCAGCUGGGAUCCUACUUCAUGCAGGUUUACUAUCUGGGUGUGGCCUCAGAGACUCUAGUGAGGAACCUCAAGCGAACCAUCUUCUCACAUCUUCUUAACCAGGACCUGCGCUUCUUUGACACCACCACCACCGGCAAGUUGACUUCUUCCCUGUCUAAAGAUACACAAAAUGUUCAGGGACUAGGAGGAGCUACCUUUGGACAGAUUCUGUCGUCUAUUGUCACUGUUAUAAUCUCAGUGAUUCUCUCCUGUUGCUACACCUGGAAGCUUGGACUUGUCUGUUCCGCCUGUAUUCCUCUCAUUCUAUCCUCUGGCUUCUUCCGGUUCUACAUUCUGACCCAGCUCAACCAGCGAGGACGAAAGGUGUACGAAUCUUCGGCGGGAUACGCCUGUGAAGCAACAAACAAUAUCCAGACGGUGAUGGCGUUGACUCGAGAAGACGAUGUUCUCAAUUUUUACUCUUCCAAGGUCAACAAUGUGGUGUAUCACUCUGCCAAGAGUAACGCCAUCAGUAGCAUGUUGUUUGGUGCUUCGCAGACUCUCAUCAUUCUUAUCAAUGCCCUUGGAUUCUGGUAUGGCUCAACAUUGAUUCGAAAACGGGAAAUUGACAUCAACCAGUUCUUUGUUGCCUUUGUCACUGUUGUCUUUGGUGUCCAAUCAGCUGGAUCCAUCUUCUCCUUCACUCCUGAUAUGGGUAAGGCCAAGGUAGCUACUCAAAGCAUUCAUGAAAUUCUCAAGGUGAAACCUGAGAUUGGGGGAGACAAGGAGUCAGGUCUUUCUCUUGAUCCUGAAAAGGUUGUGGGCAAUAUUUCAUUCGACAAUGUGAGAUUCAGAUACCCUGAACGACCUAAAAUUCCUGUUCUUCAGGGUCUGAGCCUGUCCAUCCCUGCUGGCUCAUAUGUCGCUCUUGUUGGCUCUUCUGGCUGUGGCAAGUCAACUACUAUUUCGCUGAUUGAACGGUUUUACGAUGUGCUUCAAGGAAGUAUCACUAUCGAUGGCAUUGAUAUUCGAGAUCUCAAUCUUGGAUCGUAUCGGUCUCUCAUCUCUCUGGUGCAGCAGGAGCCUAUUCUGUUCAGUGGAACUAUCCGAGAGAACAUCUUGCUGGGUGCUGAAGGAGAUGUCGACGAUGCUACCUUGCAUUCUGCAGCUAUCCAGGCCAACAUCCACAACUUUGUCAUGUCCUUGCCCGAUGGAUACGAUACCUUCUGCGGAAACAAGGGCACGUUGCUUUCGGGAGGACAGAAGCAGCGAGUGGCCAUUGCACGGGCUCUGAUACGAGACCCCAAGAUUCUGUUACUGGAUGAAGCCACUUCUGCCCUGGACUCUGAAUCUGAAAAGGUUGUUCAACAGGCUUUGGACACUGCAGCUCAAGGAAGAACCACCAUCGCGGUGGCUCACAGACUAUCCACAAUUCAAAAUGCUGAUUCUAUUUAUGUCCUUGAAGAUGGAAAAGUCUUGGAGCAAGGUACUCAUUCUCACUUGAUGGCGAAGAAGGGACGAUACUACGAGCUGGUCAAGUUGCAAGCUUUGGAGGGCUGA